CGAACGGAGAAUACGGAAAACGGAGAAUUCAUUUCUUUCUAGCCAUGCCUAAACAAACUCGAUUGUGGCAUUGAGAAUAUGAGAAUCGACUCGCGCGGUAGCGACUACGAUAUUUUACUAAAUACGUGUUUGUGUGUUUAGAAGUGUGUGGUGGGUGAAUAAAAUUUUAAUCAACAUUUCCAAAUGAAUACAUAUAUAUGGCGUGGAGAAUUCUUCAAUUUGGCGCUCUGUUUGCAAUAGGAUAUACAUUGGAGUCUAAUUCCGAUUCAGCGUUUGGCGGGAAAGCCGUUAAAACUCCCAACAUAAACCUGUCCUUAAAAGUGAUCGACCCGCAGGAUGUGAUUGUUCAGAAAGAGCAAAGUGCACGUUUCAAGUGUGAGGCAGAAUCUCGGAAAGGCCAAGUACAGUACACUUGGUUCCACAAUGAAGAGAAAAUUCUCGAGGAUGACUCCAAUCGAAUCGUUCGCGAUAAUGGAGAUCUGUAUAUUCCGAAAGUUAGUUCGAGCAAAAAUUCGGACGUCGAAUACGUGGGAGAAUAUCGCUGUUUGGUCAAAAACCGAGCAGGAGCUCUUUUAUCCAAUGUGGCCAAGUUGAAAAUAGCCUCUAUGGAAAAAGAGUUUUCGAUCAAUCCCGUGAACUCUACUGUUUACCUCUCUCAACCCAUAAUACUCCGUUGUGGUAUUCACUCUACACCUCCUGUUGAUAUUCAAUGGGAGUUUAAUAAUGAUCUGAUACUACCUCACCAACCAAGCUAUGUUCCUUUACCCAAUGGGGUCCUGUUAAUACAAAAGUCUCUGAGUUCUGAUAGUGGAGCUUAUAGGUGUAAAGCAACAAAUGAUUUACUUAAUAAAACUAAAUAUAGUAAAAUAGCAUAUAUAACGGUGUUGCCGGAAUUAACUGAAGCAACAUUACCUUCGAUUCUACCUCUUGACAUUUCACCGAAUGUUACUGUCCUUACUGGUGAAAAACUCACCUUAUAUUGUGCUGUGAUGGGAUGGCCUAUACCUACAGUACAAUGGCUUAAUAAAGACAGUAUAGUCCUAGGUAACACGUCACUUUUGGAAAUAAAUGACGUACAGACCAUCGAUACAGGCAGCUAUACGUGUAUAGCAUACAACAGCAUGGGCCGUACGAGCCACAACUUUAACGUUGUAGUCAAGCAAAAGCCUACGUUCGUUGUUACACCGUUGUCGAAGUCCUACCCUGCUGCUAUUACUGCUAGAUUAGAGUGUCGCGCCACUGGCAUACCUGAACCUAGUAUUAAAUGGUUGAAAGAUGGACAGCCUUUGAAAUUCGAUUCUAGAGUGAGAAGGCAGUCCAACGGGAUUAUUUUUAGUCAUACUUUUAGAAACGACUCAGGAAUGUAUCAAUGCAUCGCCUCCAAUUCUGUUGGAAGAAUUUGGACAGCUGUUCAAAUAGAUAUUAUAAAUAUUUCGCAAACGCCCAGUCCCCCGCAAAAGUUAAAAUGCCGACCAUACAACUCGUCCACCAUCUGUCUAAGUUGGAAGUCACCCAUAAACGUCAGUGUGACAGCUUACAGCGUACAUUCUUUCUACAACAAUAACGGCUUGGAAUCUGUUGGACCUGAUUACGCAAGGAACGUCACUUCGAUGGAAGCUGCUGGCCUAAAUAGCAGUACAGAAUACACUUUCUACGUUAUAUUAUACGCCCCAGGUGGAAGUGAUCCAUCUGAAAAAGUCACUUGCAAAACAGGUGUAAUGGGAAACAGAAAUUUGGACAUUGAACAAUAUAAAGACAACAAAGAUAACAGUUCUGUACUUCUGAAAUGGAAAGAAAUUAGUACUGACGUUUCUUGUACGGACGAAAAAUUUCUUUACAAAGUCCAAUGGAAAAGCGAUCUGUCCUGGUCUCUCCAUAAUGGACAAACAAGAAAGAAGUAUUAUGUUGUUAAGGACCUAAUUCCUGGUGUAGAGUACAAUUUCCGCGUAGUUUCCACGAACAAAGACGACAAAGAAACUAGCCCGUGGACACCAUACAUAAUUCCCGAUCCAACAAAUAGUACAAACGUCAAUGGAUUGGAAACGAACACGACCAGUGAACUGACGCCUUUACCUCCGUCGCAGAUUAGGGCCGUAGCCCAGUCGCCGUUUUCUGUCAAGCUUAGAUGGAACAACGCGGAUAAAAGUACAAAGUAUUAUAUGAUUUGUUAUGUAGCAAACGGAGAAAGCAGUGCGUGUGAAGACAAGAGGCUGUUGAAAAGUUUUCCUAAUAAGCUGCAAGUGAGAAAACUUAAACCUAAUACUAUUUAUGAGUUCAGGGUAAGAGCUCAUAAUGCUGAUGGUACACCAGGAAUUUUUUCUGACCCCGUUCGUGUUAAGACUUGGGCUGAUGUUCCUUCUCCCGUUACCGACCUAAAGUACAAAGUUCUAAACGAAACCACUGUGUACUUGCAGUGGCACAAGCCUAAAGAGUCCGGCAUCAAGAUUGACAAGUACAUCAUCUCGUACACCCCAGACAUCAACUGGCCUGUGGAGAAGUGGAUAAAUGUCACAGUAUCAACCAAAGAUCAAACUGGCCGUAUGUAUCAACAAUGUAAGGAGCUACCGGACGAUAACGUUUGUAUGGUGUUGGGAAAUUUGCACUACGAGACACGGUACACGAUUUUAGUAAGAGCGGUAUCGGAUAUCGGGCUCGGUAAACCUGCUUUGCCGCUAGAUGUCACUACUAGUAUGAAGGUCGCUCAACCGGAGGUCUCUACGACGGAUGUGAAGUACGACCAGAAAGUUGGUAUUAUAAUCGGUACGAUAAUAGCCCUACUAUGCAUAGUCUGCUGCAUGGCUUACAUUCUAGUCCGCCGGCGAUGCGUCAAACGGAGAGCUUUAGCUAGAUCCAGGAUGGCACCUUCCAACAAUUACUAUCCCGCGGUUGCGCAUUACGCAUCCGAAGUGGGAGCUGUCCAGGUCCGAUUAGAGGAACUGUGCGACGCUGAAGAGCAAGAAAGUCAGUUUUUGGUAUCCGAAGGGACGACUAACAUACCUCCUGCGCAAACAGAUCAUCUUGAUACAAAGGGAGGCGAAGAAUUUCCAAACGGGCAUUCAAAUGGAUCAGCUAAACCCUAUAUGAAUGGCCAUGUCCAUAUUACAGAAAAUCCACAGUUUCAUUAUGCCUUCAACUGCAAUGGUCAGGUAGCCAACAAACAGCAAGAAAGAUUCACUCCCCUGCGCUUCGAAGAAGACUCAAACUCCAACGUCAAGCCUUCGAAAUUCUACGACCUGCACAAACUGUUCGAAAACUCGAAGAAACUGAAGACCAACCACCAUCGUUGCAACCCGCACUUCGGCCAAAGCGAAGACAUACGCAGUUCUUGCGACGAGGUGCACUCUUCGGAAUCUUCUCGAGAUGUCUCCCUCAAUGGAACGUCCCUGAACGGAACCCAGAUGACUACGUUGAAUGACACGUUGAAUGCGACUGACACGAGCAGGAGAAAGAGUCCCAUUCUGGGCCCUAACGGGUAACGUUAUUAAAGAAGAAUACGAAAAUGACUAGGAGAAUUUUUUAAGUUUCUAAAUUGUUUACUCCAGCUUUUUUUCUGUGAAAAUUGCGGUGGAAAAGUGUUUAUCUUGAAUAUUAUUCUUUAAAAUGGCUAUAUUUAUUAUGAGCCCAGGCUCAAAAUGGAUUAACAGGUAUACAUUUUUGGACCAGGCUUUAAUAUAUGCGACUUCUAUAUAUAUGAAUCGAAAAACUAUUAUAACAAGAGUAAAAUGAAAAAUGCAUUUGCUUUACACAAUAAUAAUCGUAUACAACAGACUCCAAGUGAUAGCUGCAAAAGAAUUCAGUCAGACAGCCGGUUUUUUUGCUUAUAGUUUCUGUACUCACGUUCUGCUGAAAUGUUAUCCUUUAUAUACUUAUUUCAGAUAUUGUUGAUGCUUAAUAUUCCUUUGUUUUUAUUCAUGUUAUACCAGAAUGUAUCACGAGAAUCAAAAAUCCACUAAGUAUUGACCAACGGUGUUUUAAUUAAUGACAAAUGGCGUUUUAGUUUUUCCAAUUGGCGCAGUCACAAAUUCAGUUUUUCUGAUAUAUAGUAUUCUGUUACUACGGUAAUCAUCUGACGGUGCGUUGAGAAGAUAAUAUUGGUAUAAUGUAGAUAUAGUUAUUUCAACAUACUGCCUUCAUGUGUUAUAUGAAUGGAUGGUAAGUUAUAGUCACGCACAAAUUGUGUGUAACUGUGACAAUUUUCUUAUUUGCUUUCGUAAUUGGAAACGGUUGGCUGGUUUUUUGAUCAUUUCGACCAUUGGUGUAUACAAUUUGAUAAAUUGGAACAAUAUAAUGCAACACUAACGAUAAUAUUGAAAUAAACUUACGUGCAUAGAAAUCGGCCCACUUAAAAAUUUGAUCAUUUUUGAUGUCUCGCAUUUCCUAAACCUGUUCUCGUAUUUCCUAAAAUAUCGCUGUAAUAAUAUUGUUGCUAAACAGAUAAAUUUUUAUUGUAUACCGAGUGUAUAAAAUUAAGAAUUUAUAAUUCACCAUUACCGUGCAUACGGGUAAUAUGACCGGUCAUACGGGGCAUACGGGUAAUUUGGGCUGUAUGAAAUUACCCAAUGUGUAGGAUUUCUGUAAACGCUUUGCCGAACCUGAAGUAGGAAAUAUUAAGAAGAGAUUUUUCGAUCGCCUAUUUGUGAAUUUGUAUCAGCCAGGGUCUCUGAUGAUGCUGAAACAACGCUGUAAGAUCCUAUUGAUACCAAUUCAUAUACAGGGGGUUGAUCAGUUGUGCUCAUGCGCCAUUUUAUAAUUAUAAUUAUUGUUAUAAACAGCCCAUAUAUAAUGAUAAGCGCUCUAAUUACCGGCAAAAUAACGCAAAAGAUGGAAAACAUAUUAAGUUGUGAGAUAAAAAGAGAUGAAACUAGUAGAGGUGGGAAAUUUAGCGAUAGAAACCUACAAAUUUACAUUACAUUGAUUGUUUCCCACCUUUAGCCGUAUCAGAGGAGAAUGUCAACUAAAACUGUCACUGUCACAGUGGUAGUUACCAAACUUGUCCGAUACGUCUAAAGGUGGAAAACAAUCAAUAUAAUGUAAAUUUAUAUGUUUCUAUCGCUAAAUUUCCCAUCUCUAUACUAGUUUCAUCUUCUUUUAUCUCACAACAUAAUAUGGUUUUCGUCUUUUACGUUAUUUUGCCGGUUAUUAGCGUAGUCAUCACUGUAUUGUCAAUAUCAAAUCGUAAAUGUCAUGUACUGCCAUUUAUGAUUUAUGAAACUGCUGAAAUGUCAACCCACGUCAAUUAAAUGUAAAUUCUACUAUUACUCUGAUUUUUCUUGAUAUAAUAUGUAGUUUUUCAUCGUUGAUAUAGAUUUCGCACAUAUUAAAGCACUUAGAAAAUCAUGUCUACCGUUUGGACUGAGCCUGAGUCCGUAGAUUCCGAUAUAUGCAAUGAAACCAAAGAGCUUUUUUAACGAGGAACAUAUAAUUUACUGAAUUUCUAUUUGACCUGGUGCUAAUGUUAAGAUCAUUCUUUCGGAUAUUUCGGAUAAGCAUCUUUCCUCUCCUUUUGCUCUCUUACUGCCCAUUACACAACUCGAAUCCAAACUAAAGAAUCUAGCUUUACAAAAGUAAUAAUUUGUUAAUAGACCAAUCAUUUGGUAGUUUUACCUGGAAAGGUUUCCGGGAGUUUUGAAAAUUGGUAAUUUUAUGAAUUUCGGUAUGCUCCUUUUGAAUUUCAACUUUGCUACCUUGUAUCUCCGCCGCUCGCGCCGCCAUAUUGAAAAAUGGCGCAUAAUAACAGUUUUUUGGGAAUAUCUCCUUUCCGACGCAUUUUACGAAAAAAAUAUUUGUACAAAAUUAAACUAGAAAAAAUUUCCUACAAUUUAUGUAUUUAUUUUUUUUUUAAUAAACUCGAUCGUUUUUGGCGUACGUGCGCUGCAAAGGAUAUUUCAAUAGACGUUUUGAAAAAAAAAAACUCAUGUCCACACCACUUGGAGGUAGAGUAAGCGUUUUUUUUAUUGUUGUUUUCCUCUUAUUAAUUUAGAAAUUAAGCGCAUUUGCCUUUCCUGAUGGACCAGGUGUUACGACUUCGUCCUGAGUAUCGAUUGAAACAUCGCAUACCGAAAUUUCGUCCGCAUCAUCUGCGAUGUGACCUUUAGCCUCAUGACACGCCUCUUCGUUUUCGAUUUCAUCGAAAUUAUAUGAUGUAAUUUGCGAAUUAUUACAAGUAUAUAUGUACAAGUAUCACUACAAUUUGUGCAUAUAUUUGGGCCAGCGUUACAGAAAUUAGUCCAUUUUUGUUUCUUUUCCAUCCUCACUACUGCUGCUUCUGUUUUAUCUAUAUCAUCUAUAUUUGUUUACAGACAUGUUUUCUUACUUUUCACAUCACUGUAACCGUAUAAUUGAAAGAGAAAACAAUUCAUUUACCCAGGUUCCCAGAUAUUUAUAGUUAUUUACUCUUUCUACUUGUUUUCCCUUGACAUCUAGCCUUUUUUUUAUUGUAUGUUGCUUAGAUAUAAUCAUGAACUUGGUUUUCUUAAGGUGAUACAGUAGCGAUCAACAGGUAGCCAAAACGCGUUCCAAGAUUGCGGCUGUAAUUUUGAAUAUUUUUUCGAGAUAUUUGGCACACGUAUUCGUAAUGU